CAAUCCCAACAAGGUUUACCUAUUUCCAACUCAAUCAAUCAAAAUUCUCCUGUUCGUUCCGCUUUCCUUAUUCUUCCUUCCUGCCUCUUCUUCUUGUCUCUUCCGCGGGAGCUGCAAACCCUAGCAAAGUCCCUGGAUGCAAUCGCCCCAGCUCCCAGAUCUGAUCAGGUAGUCUCUCCAGCUGGGCCGAGCUCAAUUCCCCGUCUGAUCUCCCUAUUGGUCUCCCCGCGCCAUCGCAUUCCCUCAUUGGCGAAGUUCUAUGCCGAGGUUGGAACAUGCUACAAGAGCAACAUUCAUGGUGUAUGCUGGUAUCGGGGCAACUUUCCACUUCUUAGCUGAAAGUUGCUUUAUGAUGUAGUUGGAGCAUCUGUGGAGAUUCCAGUCAAGUAGAAGAUUGGAUAAGAGUCGAACCUUCAGGUCCUGGACUAGUAGUGUAGGUGAACGAAGGGGGAUGCAAAAUUUUGGCAUCCCAGAAUACAUAUGAUUCGGCGUUUUGGGUGGUUUAUUGGUCUGAACAAUAAAACUUCAUCAGCAAAGAGGUUACCUGAUGCCAAACCACACCCAGCAAAGGUCAAGCCGGUGGCUAUUAUGGAUACAAUGCAGGAGAUUGCCAUUUACGUCCAUAGAUUUCACAACUUGGAUCUUUUUCAACAAGGAUGGUAUCAACUCAAAAUUACCAUGAGAUGGGAGGAUGCCCAGAAUUCUUCUCCAGGAACUCCAGCUAGAGUAGUUCAAUAUGAAGCCCCUGAUCUUGGUCCCGAUGACAUACUUGGGUUUUGGAGAAUUGAUGAUACAGACAACAGUUUCUCAACACAGCCUUUUCGCAUCAAAUAUGCUAGGCAGGAUGUCCUUCUAUCUGUCAUGGUUUCAUUCAACUUAUCCCUUGGUAAAUUUGAGGGUUCAUCCACAUCUGCUGUCAUAUUGAAGUUUGAACUCAUGUAUGCUCCCAUCUCUGAAACUGGGUCUGCAGUGCAGACCUCUUUGGAUGCUUGCAGUGCUGCAGUUCAUGAGUUUCGAAUUCCCCCUAAAGCUCUUCUUGGAUUACACUCAUAUUGCCCUGUACAUUUUGAUGCCUUCCAUGCUGUGCUCGUUGAUACGACCGUCCACAUCAGUCUAUUGAAAGCUGGUCCUCAUGUUUCACCUCCAAAGGUACCAAGUGGUUCUCAUGAUGUUGAAAUUGGUGAAAGAUUUGCUGGGUUGGGUCUGGCUUUGGAUCAAUUGGCUUCUGAAGACAAAAAGCAUGUUGCAAUGCUAAGAACACUGGUGGCGGCUCGGGACAUAUUACUUGAAGAACUGAGAAAUCUUAGCAAGGCUAUCGACCGGGCAAUUGAUUUUUCAGAGAUCGAUUCAGAGAUCGAUGAUAAGAAAUUGUCUGAUCUGAAAGCAAAUUUGGAUGCUGUAGAUGACCAAGCUUCUGGGCCAGGCAAGCCACAAAAUGGUGUUGAGAUAGCAAAUCACAGUAUGGACUUUUCAGAUGAUGGAUUGUUCCGUUCAUUAUCAAGAGAUUCUUUGAUGUGUUUUUUCCACUUGUUGGGCAAUCAAGUAUUGUACUUAUGGAAUACUUUCCUGAAGUUUCACAGGGCAAACAAAACAAGCAUUCUGGAUUAUCUGCGUGAUGCAUGGGCUAUUGAUCGAAGAGCAGAAUGGUCGAUAUGGAUGGUGUAUACAAAGGUUGAGAUGCCCCAUCAUUAUAUAAGUAGUGGGUCUGAUGAGUCAUCUCACCAUAGGAGAGUUUCAAGUUUGUGGAAAAUGGAUGAUCCUGCCCACAGUGCAGCUAUGCGAGCUGAGCUUCAUCGCCGAAGUAUUGCACAAAUGAGGAUAAAUAAUCGAUCAAUUCAGGACCUGCAUAUUUUUGGAGAUCCUUCCCAUGUUCCUAUCGUAAUUGUAGAGCGUGUUAUUAAUGCACCCAGGAGAACUGUUAGUGUCAAUUCAUACUUCAGUCAUUUUGAUUUUAAAGACUCGGCGAGCUUGCUCAGUGGAUCCAGCUUUGAAACCUCAAAAAGGCAAUCUGGUGGUGGACUGCAGCAAAAUGGACGUACUUUAAAGGUGGUUGUUUUUGUGCAUGGAUUUCAGGGACAUCAUCUUGAUCUGAGGCUUGUUCGGAAUCAGUGGCUCUUGAUAGAUCCGAAAAUAGAAUUUCUCAUGUCAGAGGUAAAUGAAGAAAAAACAUCCGGAGAUUUCAGAGAAAUGGGACAGAGGUUGGCACAGGAAGUGAUAGCUUUUCUCAAGAAGAAAAUGGAUAAAAUCACAAGAACUGGAAGCUUAAGAAAUAUCAAGCUCAGUUUUGUCGGACACUCUAUUGGGAAUAUCAUUAUAAGAACUGCAUUGGCAGAGGGCAUCAUGGAACCAUAUUUGAGAUAUCUCUAUACGUACAUUUCUAUAUCUGGGCCACACCUGGGGUAUUUGUACAGUUCGAACUCAUUAUUUAACUCUGGAUUGUGGCUUUUGAAGAAGCUGAAGGGCACUCAGUGUAUUCAUCAACUUACUUUCACGGAUGACCCUGAUCUUCGAAAUACGUUCUUUUACAAACUCUGUAAGCACAAGACAUUGGAGAACUUCAGGAAUAUUGUCCUUCUAUCCUCACCACAGGAUGGGUACGUUCCUUAUCAUUCUGCCCGGAUAGAAUUCUGCCCAGCAUCUGCAACUGAUCACUCCAAGAAGGGCAAAGUCUUUCUGGAGAUGCUGAACGAUUGCUUGGACCAGAUACGGGCCCAGUCCUCUGAGCAUCGUGUCUUCAUGCGCUGCGACGUCAACUUCGAUUCAUCAUUGCACGGAAGGAACCUCAACACCUUCAUCGGGCGUGCUGCACACAUCGAGUUCCUGGAGUCCGACAUCUUCGCGAGGUUCAUUAUGUGGUCAUUCCCGGAACUGUUCCGGUAGGGGGAAAUUGCUUGGAUGUAUGCGACUAUUUUUUUUAUUUCGCUUGCUCGCUCGCUGGGCCUGUCUUUGGUCCACUGCCAGUUGCUCCCGGAACCGUGUCACAGAAUAGCCUCAGAUGCUGGAUGCACACACUGCCUCAGAGAUUGGCUCGCUGUAAAAUUACUACAGGAUGGUGCUCGGUGAUAGCUUAGUUAUCUCCAAGAUAUAGCUUUAGUUAUCUCCAAGAUAGCUGUCCCUGAAUAGGUUUUUGGGGUAGAAUUGUUGUACUUUGCAUGCUGUGUAUAUAACUUAGGAAAUUGCUCUUUGUAGCGAUAAUUAUAAAAUAAUACACAUCUAUCUGCCUCUUGAAGAUUAUCAGUUGGGGUCAUCCUCUAUUGCUCUUCAAGUUAAUGCAUUUUCUGUUUCUACC